AUGCUGGAAUUCGAUGAGGUCGGCACCUCGACACCCCAACCGAGUCUACAGAGUCGAAUGGCCUCUGCGGCUGCCUCGUCUGACUAUUACUGUAUGACUUUCGACGAGCCCGAAGAGAUGGAUGAUGUCACGUUGAAUAGUAGUAGUGCGGCGACGAGCAAGAGACCAUCCGACUGCUCGCUGGAUGAAGCCGUUCGUGGGGCUCACAAGCAGACUCAACUCCUCGCUCAACAGAAUAUGGAUCUCAACGACAAGCUGACUCGCCAAUCCGAAGAACUGACCGAGGCGCGCGCCCAACUCCGCGGCUACAGUGGACCAUUGGGAUUAGGUGAGCACGAACAACAAGAAGUGUGUCGUGGCAUGUCGCCGGCGAAAUCGUUGCUCUCAUCGAUAACGGAUUCGGAUGCGGUUGACGGUGGCGUUGGGGCGUCUGGAGACUAUUCUUCACGACGUCAUCGUCAUCGCCGCCCCGCCGACCUCGAGCCACCGCCGUCAUCGUCGGCGAGUUGCUCGUCGGGAGCAAGUAGUGUCUAUCACUCGUUGAACACCUCUCAGUGGCACUGGUCUCACGUUUCGUCGUCGACACCGAAACUGUCGACAUCGACACCGUUGUCGACGGCGUCGACUACUAGUAGCACGGCAACGACGGCACGACAGUUUGUCUAUCCGCCAAAUGUGAAUGCGUUCUACAGUUUACGCGACGCGAUGGGCACUCUGUUGUCACAAUUGGCGCGUAGUCUGGGUCUCGCUUCCUCGUCUCCGUAG